AUGGAGGUAGCACACUCUAACUCUGGAAUUCAUAUUUAUCAGCGGAAGUACACCAUGGACCUUCUUAGGGAUUUAGGUUAUCUAGAUUGCAAGCCUCUCUCUACCCCAUUUGAUUAUAGUCAAAAACUCUCAAAAGAAUCAGGUACCAUUUUAACAGACAACACUAUUUACAGACAGCUUAUCGGCCGAGUCCUUUACCUCACAAACACUAGACCCCAUAUCUCUUAUGUUGUGGGACGUUUGAGCCAAUUUUUGAACUGUGCAAUCACUUCUCACCUACAGGCUGCUUUUUGCGUACUUCGAUAUUUAAAAGGCCGACCUGCAAUUAGUCUAUUCUUCUCCUCUACUUCUAAUCUGCAUCUCACUGGAUUUGCCGAUGCUGACUGGGCUACCUGUGUCGAUACUCGUCGCUCUGUUUCCGAUUAUUGCUUCAUGCUUGGGAACUCGUUUGUUAGCUGGAAGAGUAAGAAGCAAACCACAGUUGGCAAGUCCUCUACAGAAGCUGAAUAUAGGUCUCUUACUAUUGCCACUUGUGAAGCUAGUUGGUUAUCUUUCUUGAUGGAUUUCAUUGGUUUGCCACUUCAAAAGUCUACCACUCUCACAAACAGUCAGCCAUUCACGUUGCCAAUAAUCCCAUCUUUCAUGAAAGAACCAAACACAUUAAAGUGGACUGCCACAUUGUUCGUGAAAAGCAUUUGUCUGGGUCCUUUUCUUGCUAAUGUUUCCAAGCUAGAAUUGUUAGAUUUACACAAUUCUAGCUUGCAGGAGGGUGUUACCUAG